AUGCCUGAUGGAAAUGUCCUCGAUAUUCUUGGUGCGGGACAUUAUUAUAUUGACGCACACAUUGCAUUUAAGUUACUAAAAUCGGAAGUACUUUAUUUGGAACCGGGUUUGCAUGUUAUUGAUGUUGCUGUUCGAGGGAAAGGAGCUAUGCCAAUUGUCGUUAUGGGUGGUGUGCUUACCAUUGAAACGUUUCAAUACGACGGUACAGCAGAUCUUGGUGGCGUAAGAUUAAUGAAUGUUUCAGCACUGAAUUAG